AUGUCUUACCGCAACGAUUCCGACAGCUACGGCAGUGGCAACCAGAGCUCCGGCUACGGAGGCAAUGACUCCAGCUAUGGCAACAAGUCUAGCUACGGUGACAAUGACUCCUCCAGCUAUGGCAACAAGUCCAGCUCUGGCCGUGACAACGAGUCCUCCAGCUACGGCAACAACAAGUCCAGCUACGGCGACAAUGACUCCUCUAGCUACGGCAACAAGUCCAGCUCUGGCCGUGACAACGAGUCCUCUAGCUACGGCAACAACAACAACAAGUCUAGCUACGGUGAUAACGAUUCCUCCAGCUACGGCAACAAGUCUAGCUCCGGCAACAAGUCCAGCUACGGCGAGAGCAACAAGAAGUCUAGCUACGGCGACAAUGACUCCUCCAGCUACGGCAACACCAAUAAGUCUAGCUACGGUGACGACAACAAGAAGUCUAGCUACGGUGACGACCACAAGAAGUCUAGCUACGGCGACAAUGACUCUUCCAGCUACGGAAACACCAAUAAGUCUAGCUACGGCGACGACAACAAGAAGUCCAGCUACGGUGACAACAACUCCUCCAGCUACGGCGAGAGCAACAAGAAGUCUAGCUACGGCGACAAUGACUCUUCCAGCUACGGAAACACCAAUAAGUCCAGCUACGGCGACGACAACAAGAAGUCUAGCUACGGUGACGACAACAAGAAGUCUAGCUACGGCGACAAUGACUCCUCCAGCUACGGCAACAAGUCUAGCUCCGGCAACAAGUCCAGCUACGGUGACAACGACUCCUCCAGCUACGGCGAGAGCAACAAGAAGUCCAGCUACGGCGACAACGACUCCUCCAGCUAUGGCGACAACAAGAAGUCUAGCUACGGUGAUAACGACUCCUCCAGUUACGGCAACAAGUCUAGCUCCGGCAACAAGUCCAGCUACGGUGACAAUGACUCCUCCAGCCACGGAAACACCAAGAAGUCCAGCUACGGUGACAACGACUCCUCCAGCUAUGGCGACAACAAGAAGUCUAGCUACGGCGACGACAACAAGAAGUCCAGCUACGGUGACAACGACUCCUCCAGCUACGGAAACACCAAGAAGUCUAGCUACGGUGACAACGACUCCUCCAGCUAUGGCGACAGCAACAAGAAGUCUAGCUACGGCGACAAUGACUCCUCCAGCUACGGAAACACCAAGAAGUCCAGCUACGGUGACAACGACUCCUCCAGCUAUGGCGACAAUAAGAAGUCCAGCUACGGCGACAAUGACUCCUCCAGCUAUGGCGACAGCAACAAGAAGUCUAGCUACGGCGACAAUGACUCCUCCAGCUACGGAAACACCAAGAAGUCCAGCUACGGUGACAACGACUCCUCCAGCUAUGGCGACAACAAGAAGUCUAGCUACGGCGACGACAACAAGAAGUCCAGCUACGGUGACAACGACUCCUCCAGCUACGGAAACACCAAGAAGUCUAGCUACGGUGACAACGACUCCUCCAGCUACGGCAACAAGUCCAGCUCCGGCCGUGACAAUGAGACCUCCAGCUACGGCAAGUCCAGCUACGGUGACAACAACAACUCCUCCAGCUACGGCGACAGCAACAAGAAGUCUAGCUACGGCGACAAUGACUCUUCCAGCUACGGCAACACUAAGAAGUCCAGCUACGGUGACAAUGACUCCUCCAGCUACGGCAACAAGUCUAGCUCCGGCCGUAACGAGGAUAGCUACGGCAGUAGCAACGACGCUCUCGAGGCUAUUGGUAGCAAGCUUUUGAACAAGGCUGAAAGUUCGUGA